AUGUCCGCUAACGACCACCCGAGUCGCGAAGCGGCGCUCUACCACCCGUGGACGGUCGGGUCCCCUGCCGAUGGCUGGCAAGUCACGAUCACUGCUGGCCACGCGACACUGCCCGACGGCCUCACCCACCUUAGCUCCCGUGCUUUCCUCGAGUGCAAGUCUCUCGCCUCCGUCACCUGCCCGAGCAGCCUCGUCUCGAUCGGUGACCGAGCGUUCGACGGCUGCACUUCGCUUGCCUCGAUCCAACUCCCUGACGGCCUCACCUCUGUCGGCCGCCACGCCUUUGACGGGUGCUCCUCUCUCGCCUCCAUCGAACUCCCCGCCGGCCUCGCCUUGGUCGGCGCCUACGCCUUCCGCUACUGCGCCUCGCUGGCCUCUCUCUCCCUCCCUCCGGCCCUGUGUUGCGUCGAGGUCGGGGCCUUCUAUUGCUGCUCCUCCCUCAGCAGCGUCACCCUCCCCGCCAGCCUCGUCUCCAUCGGCACGGCCGCCUUCGACGGCUGCUCCUCCCUCGCCUCCCUGCCCCUCCCCGCCGGCCUCGCCUCCAUCGGCACCCUCCUCUCUGCUGGCUGCUUCGGCCUGCCGCCGCUUCUCUUCACGCCUCGCACUACUGGACACAGGCAACCACUCCUUCCACUGCUGCUCCUCCCUCACCUCCGCCUGACCUACCUCGGCAAGACCGCCUUCUACUACUGCACCUCCCUCGCCUCCGUCGCGAUCCCCGACGGGGUCGGGCUCCCCCUCCGCCCUCUUCCCGCGACCGCCGUCUCUUCCAUCGGGCCCGGCUGCUUCCGCGACUGCUCCUCCCUCGCCGAGCUGCGCCUCCCCAGCAGCCUCUCCCCAGAUGCCAAACACAAGUCCAACCACCACUCCCCGCUCUUCCGAGCAGCGCUCGAUCAGCGCUCGAGGGGGCACGACCUCGACGGCACGGCGGAGAUGGUGAAGCUGGUCGCCUUCUGCCCAACCACCACCGUCCUCCGUCUUUCGCCAGCUCGAAUGCGCGCCCAGGAGCGGCUCCGGCUCCUCUACCAAGGCGUGCUCGCGUACAAGCGCUGCCGCCCCCUGCUCCUCGGCUGGCUAGAGCGGGCGCAGAUCCGGCUCGACUCUUACGGCUUGGACGGCGGAAGCGUCAUGACGCCGCUGGCAUGCGCGUACCCCGUGGAGACGCACUGGUUCAACACGAGCGUUGACCACUUCAACUUCCGGCAUGCCCACGGCGCAGACCCCGGAGGCACCUUCCCGCUGCGCUUCUCACACCACGGCCCGCCCGCAGACCCCGGAGGCACCUUCCCGCUGCGCUACCUCGUCCACGCGCAGCAGUGGGACGGCACUGCGGAGCUGCUGCCGCGGCUGGUCGACGGGUGCGCGGCGGGCGAGCCACUGGCGUCGCUGCUCCCGCGCUGCUUCGACCACCCGCUCGAUGGCUUCCAGACCGAUGCUAUGGCCGCGCUCCUUGACGGCAGCUCAGUCGUCGUCUCUGCGCCGACCGGCUCGGGGAAGACGGCGGUGGCGGAGCUGGCGCUGUACGCGGCGCUGGCGCGCGGCGAGCGCGCCAUCUACACCACGCCGCUCAAGGCGCUCUCCAACCAAAAGUACCGCGACCUCUCGGCCGCGCUCGGGCCCGGCUCGGUCGGCUUGCUGACGGGCGACACGCAGAAGCAGCGCGACGCGCCGGUGCUGGUGAUGACGACGGAGGUGCUGCGCAACAUGCUGCUCGAGCAGGACGAGAUGGUCUUCGCGGCGCAGGCGGCGGGGCGGGUCGGAGUCGUCAUCCUCGACGAGUUUCACUACAUGAACGACAAGUCGCGUGGCACGGUCUGGGAGGAGUGCUGCGUGCUCGCGCCGCCGUCCGCAAAGCUGGUUGCGCUCUCGGCGACGAUGGCCAACGCGCGGCAGGUCACUCGCUGGCUCGAGGCGAUCCACGGCCCCACGUCGCUCGUCGAGACGUCGCAUCGGCCGGUGCCGCUGCGCUACCGCUACGCCGACGACCUCGGCGUGGAGGACCUCUUCACCUCUCCCGCCGCCGGGCCGGGAGGCGGCGGCGGGCGGGGCGGCGGGUGGCGCGGCGGCGGCGGGUGGGCGGACCCGCGUGCGCAGGCGCGGUCCGAGAUCGCGCCGGUCCCUUCGCUGCUGCGCGAGCUCUCGCACAAGGCGAUGCUGCCCGCCAUCGUCUUCAUCUUCUCGCGCGCCGGCUGCGAUGCGGCGGCGGAGCAGGCGGCGGCGCUGCGGACUCCGCUGGUGGGUGCACACGAGGUUGGCCGCAUAGAGAGCAUCGUCGCCGACUUCAAGCGCGCCAACGGCGCGCUGCUCGACUCCCUCGACGCGCGCCUCCUCGCGCGGCCCGCCGACCCCAUCGAGUCCAACUUUUGCCUCGGGUACGGCUCCGCGCUCAAGCUGCGGCGGAGGAGGCCUCUCUCCGAGUGCGAGUCGCUGAUCGCGCGCUCCUUCGGCGCGUACACGGCGCGCGCCAAGGCGGAGACGGCGGUGGCGCAGCUCGGAGGCGUCGAGGAGGAGCGGCGGCGGCUGCGGGCACUGCUGGCGCGCUUCGACCGCUCGUCCGUCGCGUCGUACGCCAAGCUGCAGGGCCGGCUGGAGGCGGAGCAGCGCUCGCUCUCCUUUCUGCGUGCGCAGGAGGCGGAGGCGGAGGCGGAGAUGGUGGAGACGCUCCUCGGUUUCGUCAACCGCGGAACGCCCGCGCGCACCUCCGACGGCGCCGCCGCCAUCGUCGCCGACGACCCGCCGCCCGCCAUCGCGGCGGCCAUGCGAAAGGCGGCGGCGGCGGCGGCGGGCGGAGCAGCUCGCCCUCCUCCUCCUCGAGGACGGGCGACCGAGUUUGGGGCGCUCGUCGCGUCGCUCUCGGGCGAGAACGAGCUGUGGCUCGCGCUGGUGCUGAUGGAGGCUGCGGCCGCCGAGCUCGAGCCGCCGCAGCUGGCGGCGGUGCUUGCCGCGACGCUCGACGAGCGGCUGCGCCCAAACACUUUUGUGCGGUUCGCGCCCUCCGAAGCCGUGUACGAGACGGUCGACGUGCUGGCGGAUCGCGCGGCGGAGCUGCAGCGCGCGCAGAUGGCGGCCGGCCUCUCGUUCCCCGUCGGCCUCGACGCGGGCUUGUGCGGGCUUGUCGAGGCGUGGGCGGCGGGCGAGGGGUGGGAGUCGCUCGUCGCAGGCACGUCGCUCGACUUGGGCGACCUCUUUCGACUGCUCCGCCGCUCGCUCGAGCUGCUCAAGACGGUGUCGGCAGUGCCGUAUGUCUCCGAGGCGGCCAAGGCGGCCGCGCGGGCCGCCGUCCGAGCGUGCGACCGCUACCCGAUCGCGGAGGACGAGCUCAUGGCGCUGCCUGAGGAGGAGCCCGGCGGGGGGGAGGAGCCCGGGGAGGCGCGAGGGGGUGCCUAG